GAGUCUUACUCUGUUGCCCAGGCUUGAGUACAGUGGCACGCUCUCAGCUCACUGCAACCUCCACCUCCCAGGUUCAAGCGAUUCUCCUGCCUCAGCUUCCCAAGUAGCUGGGAUUACAGGUGCAUGACGAGCUAAUUUUUGUAUUUUUAGUAGAGACGGGUUUCGCCAUGUUGGCCAGGCUGGUCUUGAACUCCUGAUCUCAGAUGAUCCGCCUGCCUUGGCCUCCCAAAGUGCUGGGAUUACAGGUGUGAGCCACCACGCCUGGCUAUGCUUUUGAGGAGCCGAUUGUCAAAAAAACUGUGGGCAUGUUUAAAAGCCAUCAUACCAAGAAAUUUCUAAUGACUAAAUCAGUUUCUAGGUAGUUUAAUAGAAGGAAGGGAUUAGGAACAUUGCAAUCCUAGAGAGCUAUGUCCCCUGGCAGGGUUUAAGUGUCGGGCUAUUGUGAGUUUGACUGACUUGAAUCAGUCUUCCAAAUUCUGAUUAACUGUAGUUGAACUGAAUUAAGAUCUUGCCCUUCAAACCUGAGGACCAAAGGACACCGCUAACUACUUCUUCAUUUUAUUAUUAUUAUUUUCUUUUUUCAAGACGGAGUCUCACUCCGUCACCCAGGCUGGAGUGCAUUGGCGCAAUCUCGGCUCACUGCAACUUCUGCUGCCUGGGUUCAAGCGAUUCUCCUGCCUCAGCCUCCCGAGUAGCUGGGACUUGAGGUGCCUGCCACCGCGCCUGGCUAAUUUUUGCAGUUUUCAGCAGAGACGGGGUUUCACCAUCUUGGCUAGGUGGUCUUGAACCCCUGACCUCCUGAUCCACUCGCCUCAGUCUCCCAAAGUGCUGGGAUUACAGGUGUGAGCCACCGCACCCGGCCCUAUUUUAUUAUUUUUAAAAUAGAGAAGGGGUCUCCCUAUGUUGCCCAGGCUGGUCUGGAACUCCUGGACUCAAGUUUUCCUCCCACCUUGACCUUCCAAAGUUCUGGGAUUACAGGGGUGAGCCACCACACCCUGGCCUGCUAAUGUGUGAGCUAGUGCAGUCUCUGUCCAUAUCCUCAACUCCCUCUCUGCUAGUGGUAAGUACAUUGUAGGGUCCCGCGUUUUUAGCGUAGCUAUACCUAUGAAUGGGCCAAAGAAUCUGAGGGCAUCCUACACAUUUCAAACGGUGGGAAUGGAGACUUCUCUUUCCUCCAGCAGAAUCUGCCCUCAUGACCGGGGGACUACCAGAUCCAGCUCUGCUAAGGGCCUCCACGGACGGAGUCCGCUACCUCUCCACUUUCCGUGACCGAAAUCCAUUCUUUGUUCAUUCACCCUUGUGUCUACUCCGGGAUCCGCGCAGCGGACACAGUCGUGUUCCCUAAGUGUUUGCUGACUUAGUCAUCUGGCCCUCUCUGGAGUAGUUAUUUUGUACAUUGUACUACAUUCCUGCCUCUACCUCUCCGCAGUGCGCGCGGGGGCGGACGCACGUGCGCAGUCUCCCUAUGCGCUGGGAGGGGGUCAGCAGGUUUACAGAAACAAUGAAAGACUUAACAAUUGGCGCGCGACGAGCGUCCCUUGACUGGCAGGGGCCCAGAGGACCUGAACAUCACUAAGGGUCUGCCCCAGCGACCCGGCCCUGAAGUCAAGGUUGAGACCCCCGGCCCAGACAGUCCGCGAAGCUGAGGGAGGCCGGCCUGGGGCCUGCCGCGCAAUGUUACCAGGAUCCGCAGGCGCAGGGCGAUAGUGCAGGCGCCGCCGCCCAGGCCGUGCCCAUUGUGCGCCGCGGCCCGCUCACCGCGAUCUCGGUCUAGGAGGCGGCGGGACCCCGCACUUCUUCCUUGCAACGGAGCCCCUUUGGCCUGCGGGUCGAGUUCCAUAGGCGCCCGACCGGCUCCGCGCGCUUACAGGACUACAACUCCCGUGAUGCCGCGCGCGCCGACCGCUGAUUGGCUUGCAGCGGACGGACUCGCGGGGGGGGGGGCCGCACGCUAUGCACGUGCGCACGGCGACGGCCGGAUGGCUGCGUGGGGCUGGGUGGCUGCGCUCGGCGCGGCGCGCGGGCUUUGCUGGCGAGCGGCGCGCGCGGCUGCGGGGCUCCAGGGCCGCCCCGCCCGCAGGUGCUAUGCUGUGGGCCCCGCUCAGAGCCCACCCACCUUUGGGUUCCUGUUGGACAUCGAUGGAGUGCUUGUGCGGGGCCACAGAGUGAUCCCUGCUGCUCUGAAAGCCUUCCGAAGGCUGGUGAACUCCCAGGGGCAGCUGCGGGUGCCCGUGGUUUUUGUUACAAAUGCUGGGAACAUCUUACAACACAGCAAAGCCCAGGAGUUGUCAGCCCUGCUGGGGUGCGAGGUGGAUGCAGACCAAGUUAUCCUCUCUCACAGCCCCAUGAAGCUCUUCUCCGAGUACCAUGAGAAGCGGAUGCUGGUGUCUGGACAGGGGCCCGUGGUGGAAAAUGCCCAGGGACUGGGCUUCCGAAAUGUCGUCACCGUGGAUGAGCUGCGGAUGGCCUUCCCUCUGCUUGACAUGGUGGACCUGGAGCGGCGGCUAAAGACCACGCCCCUCCCGAGGAAUGACUUCCCCUGCAUUGAAGGGGUGCUCCUCCUAGGGGAGCCGGUCCGCUGGGAGACCAGCCUGCAGCUGAUCAUGGAUGUCCUCCUCAGCAAUGGGAGCCCUGGGGCUGGCCUGGCAACACCCCCCUACCCCCACCUCCCUGUCCUUGCCAGCAACAUGGAUCUCCUGUGGAUGGCUGAAGCCAAGAUGCCCAGGUUUGGACAUGGCACCUUUCUGCUAUGCCUGGAAACCAUUUACCAGAAAGUGACGGGCAAGAAGCUGAGAUACGAGGGCCUGAUGGGCAAACCCAGCAUCCUCACUUACCAGUAUGCCGACGACCUGAUCAGGCGACAGGCGGAGAGGCGGGGCUGGGCCGCCCCCAUCCGGAAGCUCUAUGCUGUGGGUGAUAACCCUAUGUCUGACGUAUACGGCGCCAACCUGUUCCACCAGUACCUGCAGAAGGCAACGCAUGAUGGGGCGCCAGAACUAGGGGCCGGGGGCCCACGGCAGCAACAGCCCUCAGCAAGCCAGAGCUGCAUCUCCAUCCUGGUGUGUACAGGCAUUUACAAUCCCAGGAACCCACGGUCCACGGAGCCUGUCCUUGGAGGAGGGGAGCCUCCAUUCCACGGGCACCGAGACUUAUGCUUCAGUCCAGGGCUCAUGGAGGCCUCCCACGUGGUGAAUGACGUGAAUGAGGCUGUGCAGCUGGUCUUCCGCAAGGAGGGCUGGGCUUUGGAGUGAGGGCAGUGCGGUGGAGGUGAGGGGGUGAGCCUGGACCUGUGGGCGAGUCCCAUUGGCUGGACUCUGGCCUGAUCACUGGGCUCAGGUCAGGGCUUGGUUCCCUUGCCACCCUUCUUGCUGCCCCAUGAGUGUAGCAUUACUGGUCACUUGGAAGAAGACAGUGACUCUUUUUCCCUGCUGGGUAGCAUUUUGUAUGGAAUGGUUGGAAUUUUCUGGGCCCAGUUCCCAUGUGCCUUUCCUGGCAGUCUAACCUCAGGCCAUUCUCUUCCCCUGUGUGCCUCAGUGUCCUUCUCAUUUCAGUAGGGACUUCUGAAAUGGGGGAGGCAGUGUGAAAUACUGUGGACGUCUGUGCAGAGCCUUUGCCGGCACUGAAGGCAUGCAGCCUGUCGGCAGAGUGUCUUAACACCAGAUGCUACUUUUUACUGUAUUGUAGUUUAUUGCCCGGAGAUGUGGGGCUUUUUUUUUUAAUAAAAUAAUCAUAAUAAAUGUU